AAAAGGCAGGAAGUAAGUGUUGGGGGUUUACCAAAACAGCGAGAAGAUGGCUGCGGUGGCGGAUAGUGGCGCUUCUUCGCCUGGGACGGCCACUUCUGACACCACAGAAGAACCCAUGACAGCAGAAGAGAUGGCUGCACAGAAGAGAGAGGAGCGGCUUAGGAAAUUCCGAGAGCUACAUUUGAAAAGGAAUGAAGCCCGAAAGUUAAAUCAUCAGGAAGUUGUGGAGGAGGAUAAAAGGCUGAAGUUGCCAGCAAACUGGGAAGCAAAAAAGGCUCGUUUAGAAUGGGAACUGAAGGUGGAAGAAAAGAAAAAGGAAUGUCUGGCAAAAGGAGAAGAUUAUGAGAGAGUGAAGCUGUUAGAAAUCAGUGCAGAGGAUGCGGAACGAUUUGAGAGGAAGAAGAAGAAGAAAAAUCCUGAUAUUGGCUUUUCAGAUUACGCAGCAGCUCAAUUGCGACAAUAUCAGAGGUUGACCAAGCAGAUCAGACCUGACCUGGAGAAGUAUGAAAAGCUGAGAGAAGAAAGCGGCGAAGAGUUUUACCCAACUUCAAACAGCCUUCUCCAUGGAACGCACGUGCCAUGUAAAGAAGGGGUUGAUAAAAUGGUUUCGGAUCUUGAAAAACAAAUCCAAAAACGUGAAAAAUACAGCCGGAGACGUUCUUACAACGAUGAUGCCGAUAUCGACUACAUUAAUGAGAGGAAUGCCAAGUUCAAUAAGAAGGCUGAGAGGUUCUAUGGAAAAUACACUGCUGAAAUUAAACAGAACCUGGAAAGAGGGACAGCUGUAUAAGCUGAAAGGUGCAGGAGGCAAGUUCAGCACUGGAGCUAUCUGGCUUGUCCAGAAAUCCCUCUGUGUAAAACCCUUAUUGCAAAAGGACCUCAAAUAUCACAAGCUUGUACAAAGAUGAGACUUGUCUAAGAAUCUUUCUCGUUUAACAAGGUCACAUUUUUAAAAAAUUCAGUAGAACAGUUUGUCACGUACAUAAAUAUUUGUGUAACAGUAGGAAGCAAUUUGUUUGAAUUUUUGGCUGAGAAAUCACAGGUGACCCCAUCUCCUUUGGGAGUUCUCUUUUCAUGAGGACAAGUAUCUCAAAUCACAAUUCCAGAUAAAGGCAAGUUGUUGAGUAGCUUCAGGCUUUUUCUUUUUAAUGUAUCUGAGGUCUCCAUGAAAGUCAAUACUUUGUUGUAUGGUGAAAGGUUGCAUUUUUACUAAAGCUCUGAUAUUAAAUGUUAAUUAUAA